AUGCUCGUUUCAAAGCUUCAUCCCAUGCGGUGGCUAUCUGUAAAGACCGCUCCAGAGGCGGCAUCCGCUUUCCAAGCAAAGCUAGUGCGCUUGCGUAGUGCUACUAGCCUUCCGCUACUUCGCUGCCGUCAGGCGUUAAAUACCGCCGGCGGCGACGAGAAUCAGGCUCGUACGAGCUUGUUCGCCGAGCUAGCCUCUACUGGGACUCCCGUCCACAUCGAGCGGACCGAUAGUUGUGCUGAUCCACGCAAUUCUGGAGGGCAUAUUCUUUCCGGGGUUUUGAUCGGUCAUGACGCCGCUACGUUGCUUCAGCUCCGCUUUUCUUCAGAUUUUAGCUCCAGGUGUGAACUCUCGCGCACUGCUCUCUGCAAGAUACUUUUAUCGGCCCCUAUAAAAGACCAAAAUUUAUCUGGCGAUUUUGAAACAGGCAACAUGUUUCGCUCGCUCGCUGCCCAACUGCGGGAACAGCUUUCCGUGGCACGAAUUGAGCAUAUUCCCUUGACUUCACAAAGUCUUACAGCAUGUUACAUCCACCCACCUCUUGCCGUUCCGGCUAAUCAAGCUAAUGGGUCAGUGACACUUGGAGAACGCAUCGUUGCAAUCAUAGAAUUUGAGGCCUUGGAAGCUGAGUAUCCAGUAACUAUAAUGGGAUCUAAAGAGGCCACCUAUGCUACGAUGAUGCGAAAGAUCUGUCAACAAUUUGCUGCCGAGGGUCCACUUGUGCAAGGUGGUACUAUGGACACAUUCUUGAACCGUCCUUUUCUCUUUGACGCAGCGAAAAGUAUCCGUGCUGCCCUUACGGAAGCCGGCAUCAGGGGCAUCCGCCGGGCGGUGCGGUUCGACAAUGCUCCCACACCCCUCUGUAUUACCAGUAACCACUAA